CGGCUCACAUGCAAAUCUGGUUCAAAAAUGUCCCGGGAAAUCUGAGUUUCGCGGGUAAACCGCAUCUCCUCGGGUCGCUCAGCGGCAGCUUCCUGGAACCAUUUUUUUCAGCGGCCGGAGAGGUGCUCCCCGCCGACCAAAAUCCAUUGCAUCUGCCACAUCUGGGGGGCUAAGGGCGGAAAAUGAUAACCGAAAUGAUACGUAAGAUAUCAAACUAGCGGUACAGGUGAUUAUUUCGCUCGGAGGCGCGGUGGGUAUUAUGUAAAAAUCCCGAGAGUUAGCGGAGGGACAAAGGGGAGAAGAUGAGAAGGGGGGUUGAAAGAGUCACCAUUUCAGGGGUCCAGAGCUCCUCUGAUGAGAAAACAGGGACACCGUCGACUUUAUCGGAGCACUGCCCUCCCGGUGCGUAUGUGCACAUCCUCAGCCCUUCAUCCUGUCCGGGUCAAACCGUGAAUGUCAGUUUCUCGGAACACUCCGACUCUCCCCGGUUCACCACCCCCACCGGACCGCCAGUAAAACGGACGGGGACGAGACCUGACCUCACACGGACACAGACGAAGAGAAGGCUGGAGCUGGACGUCGGUGACCCUCAGUACCUCCAGGAUGUUGGCAGGACCUCCAAAGCCAAGAGGCCCGCAGCAUCUCCCUCCCCAAGGGGAGCAAAGACAGCCCCCAAGCCUUCGCUGGAGAGGACGCGAUACGACACCUCCCUUGGCCUGCUGACCCAGAAGUUCGUGCAGCUGCUGGGCCGCUCCUCUGACGGGGUAGUAGACCUGAACCUGGCCGCCCAGGAGCUCAAUGUCCAGAAGAGACGCCUCUACGACAUCACCAACGUCCUGGAGGGGGUGCACCUCAUCAAAAAGAAGUCCAAGAAUAACAUCCAGUGGAUGGGCAGUCAGCUGAAUGUGGACAGUGAUCAAGUGCUGCAGGAUCUCAGCGACGAGGAGAGGAAGCUGGACGAGCUGAUCCAGAGCUGUACGCGUCAGGUUCACCAGCUGCAUGCAGACCGGCACAGUCAGAGAUUUGCCUAUUUGACGUAUGACGAUGUCCAGAAGAUCCCCAGCUUGAAAGAGCAGACGGUGAUAGUGAUCAAAGCCCCAGCAGAGACCAGACUUGAGGUUCCACAUCCAGAGGAGGGCCUCCAGGUCCACCUGAGCAGCACCCAGGGGCCUAUUGAUGUCUUUGUCUGUUCUGAUGACCCCAUCCCCUCUGAUGACACAAACGGUUCUGUUGCCAACGGUAUCAACGGCAGUCACCUGCACGUGUCCACCAAUGGAAAUGGCUCGGUCCACCCCUCGUCUUCCUCAUCCUUCAUCCGAGUUUCAUCCCAAGGCGGUGCGAAUCACUUUCCUGGCAGUAACGGUUCCUCCAGCCCACUGUCCGGGCUAACGCAGUGCUCAACACCAGUUACUGUCACCCCCGUCUUCCCACUUCCCACUUCCCUUACAUCGCUCCAACAGCCCUCCGACGACCAACAGACGUUUGUCACCCUCACCCAACCUCUGCCCCUUUCUCUCGGAGGCGAGGACUAUCUCCUGAGCCUGGGCGAGGACGAGGGCAUCACUGACUUCUUCUCCUCCGUCGACCUCGACCAACUGCCCAUAGACAUGCCCCUUAUCUGAACCGUCCUCUCCCUGUAGGACUCGGGAGGUAGUCGUUUGGAGGAAGUGGCUGUAUUUGCACAAACAGGAUAUCAAGGGCGAACAUGAAAGGAAAAGAAAACGCUAAUUUGACUCUAUGGGAGUGUCUAUUUGAAUAUGCGUUUGCGUACCCUAGAGAAACCAACUUGGAUUUUCCGAUGCUCAGGUGUGUGGAAGAAGUGUUGUUACCCUAAAAACAGCUCAUCGGAGCACUGUUGUAAAAGCCAUGUCCUCUACAUCUAACGACUAAGGAAAAUCUUAUGGCUUCUGCCCUGUCUUUUCGGCUUACACUGACAGGCAUGUUGUCAAACCAAACCCUUCCUUUCCUAGCUGCAAGCCAUUAACAUGUCUGGGAGAAGUUCUCAUGGGAUCUAGCGUGCACAUCCCGAGUCCGAGUCUCGCUGUCCCAACACAGGACUCGUGCAUAACCCAACAGUGGCAUGGGCCGGACCUGUCACAAUCCAGAGGAACCCGAGGAUUAAUAAUUCUCGUCUGGAGUUGUGAUUCGGAGCUGCAUUUUGAUCUUCCACACCUAGUGAAAUACUCCAAAGUCAUUGUUGUGACACUUGAGUGUUUAAACUUGUGCAUAACUUUAGAGAUGAGAAAAGAUUCGGUAUGCGAGGAUGGUCGAGCACACUGCAACUGUGUGAUUAAUAGUAGUGAAUUAUUGCUCAUGUUUGGUUUUGUCUUAAUUAUACUGCCAUUCAGGAAUAUGAACAUUGAAUCAAAUUGUGUGCCUCCUUACCAAGAGUUUGUCUCACACGUCCUUGCACUGAAUAGGCCGAGAACCCUGCCUAGCUUGUGUUGCCUCUGCAACCAAAGUCAGUUUGUUCAGUUAUUACUCAGUCUCAGUAUGAACCCAGUUUAGGCUUCAUAGUUUUUCUCAGGGCCCUUGUCACUUUUGCUUCAAGUGAAAUGUUGUAUCUUGAGAGUUGGUUGACUUCCCCUAUUGGUUCAUUUCCUGUGUGACAGAUCCGAUUUUUCAGCUUUUCACAUGUCCCUUUAUUGUUGGCAAUGUUUUGUGCAGAAUAUUGCUGCAGUACUUCUUGGAUACCAGUAAGAAAGCUCACAUCACUCAUGUUCAAUUCCUUGCCCCAUUUUCCCAUAGGUCUGUGCAAGAACCCGAGAAGGUUUGCCCUGCUGUAAUACUGUUGAAUUUAUGAAGCUGAGGGAACAACUGUAGAUACAUGUAAGAGCAUGGACAUUUCAAGUGUCCAUCUAGUUUUUAGAAGAUGAAAGGGCUUUUCAUAGUGAUAUAUAGGGAGACAUUAUUAUAAAUGCUCACAUUAGCCAUUGUGAGCAUUACAAGUUGUUUGGUGUUUUGGAAAACUAUACAGUAAGUAUGCUAGAAAGUGAAAUGUGUAAAUAGAUGUUCUUCCAACAUUUUAUUGAUUUUGAAAUUACCCUGCCAUCCCAAUCUCCAGUCCUCCCUCAUUGGUGGAAUUUGUAAAUGGUUAGCUUUUAUCCAUGAAUUAAUAGCAAAGGGCAAUUUGAUUUUUUUUAAUUUAUUCUUUUGUUUAUGCUGCCAUUUUGUCCACAAGAGAAAUGUCGAUGAUUUCAGACUUCAAAUGCACAAAUAAGCUUCAGUUUCUUUUUCUUCAAACCUUGGAUUUUAAUUCAGGUCUGUGCCAUUUUCUGCAAAUGUCUAUCCAAGCCAUGAUGCGGCACUGAACAGCUAAUGUAUGUUGAAAUGGAAAACCCACUUGAAAGCCAUUUUAACACUAGCCUCAUCCAUCCCUGCACAGGAAGUUAGGCCUUGUGGUCAUCACCUGAAGGUACUAACUUAAAUAGAAACCAAAGUAGCCAUGCCGUUUUCCCCCAGUCGUAACAUAACACCGUGAAGGGUGAGACUGGUUGUGACUGUUACGAUGUGCUGGACUUCAGCCUGUUGAUGGUUGGAGGACUUUGGAGAAACUUAACUCAACUGUGGGCAUUCUUGUGAUUUCUUGAAAUGAGGCACCAUAAAAGACUACCCCCACCCACCUGUCAUGAGUCAUUGAUUUUUCCAGUUGAAUCCAAUUACACUCUGAUAUACUUGACAACACACUUGGUGAUACAAAUACAGUGUGGAAAAAAAUAGCUUUUCUCCAAACAAAACCCAUGCCUUCUGCAAUGUUGUCCCCAAAAGAAAAAGGGCUAAAUGGCUUUUUCUGCAACACUGUAAAAUCUGGUUAUUGUCCUGUCAUUCAAGUACUGUAUCAAACUGCAAUAACUGGAUCCAUGCCCUGCCUUUCCUCUCAACUACAUUUUUCCCUGCCCCAUUGUGCUUUGAUCCUUUGUCCAUUUUGAUAUCAAUAUGGGUUAGCCGUUUUUGGAAUCUACGCUUUUGUUUCCGCUCAUUGUCUUGCAGUACCAAAGUGAAAAAUCCCAUUUGUCACAGCUAAUUGUAUAGGUGUUAGUAAGUUCUAUGGUCAGCUUUUUGUGACAGUGGAUAGUUUUUGUGCAGUUCAACACUAGUUUACAUAGUUCUGUCUAAAAAGUCAGUUUUGCCCCUGAGAUGUGUAAGGUGCUGAAGAAGCAGUGCAGUACAAUCUUCUAUUGAUGCCUCCUUUUUUCCAUACAGCUGGAGGUAUUGCACCAGUUCCCACUUGUGACUUGAGUUCAACAUUUUUAUUACAGCAUUUGAACACCGAGCCCUCUUUACUGACAUAGAUCCUUGACACCCCUGUCUGUCUUUUUCAGACAGCAGUCCCUUUUCAUCAAGCUGUUUGUAGUUUUGUGUUUUGUUCAGGGCUUGAGUUGUGAAUUACACUGAUGUACCUUGAGGUGUUACUGUUUUGUGUGACUUGGAUAUGUUUGGAUUACAAAGAAGAAAAAAAGUGUGUGUGGUAAUAAAAGCUAUCCAGCAUUUUAUUUUCA